GGCACUCAUCAGGCAUUUCAGCUAACAAGCUGCAUAUACACCAUUAUAUAUCAUCCUCAUCUGCUUAUUGUAAUCUACAAGCUUAUUAUGCACAUUCGAAUUGCUAGCUAGCUCGUCGAAGAAACCAAAGUGCGAGCGAUCGGCUAGCUGCUGCAAGAAGCCUUGACCAUGGAGGCCAGACACCGUGUGAUGUCGCUGCUGCUGGUGCUGGUGAUCGGCUGCUGCGCCUGGGGCUGCCGCCCUGGCGCGGCGCAGGUGCCCGUCCCGGCGAGGACGGACGGGUUCGUGUACGGUGGGAAGGCGCCGGCGCUGGGGGAGACGGUGGUGGUGGAGGCGUACUUCGACCCCGUCUGCCCGGACAGCCGCGACGCGUGGCCGGAGCUGAAGAAGGCGGUCGAGCACUACGCCUCGCGGGUGACCGUCGUCGUGCACCUCUUCCCACUACCUUAUCACAGCAAUGCCUUCAUUUCCUGCCGGUCAAUUCAUGCCGUGAACAAGAUAAAUCCGUCGUUUGUGUAUCCCCUGCUCGAGAGAUUCUUCAAGUACCAGGAGGGUUAUUACAACCAGCCAACGUAUGGGAAAACAAGAGCUACAGUGGAUGCAGAGGUAGCUAAAAACCUUGUUGCCCCCGUCAUUGGGGAAGCCAAUUUGGCAGCAUACAAAGCAGGUUUCAAUGAUUCAAAAUCAGAUCAAGCCACACGAAUUUCUUUCAAGUAUGGUUGCGCACGAGGUGUUACGGGAACACCGUACUUCUUUGUGAAUGGCAUCCCCCUUAUUAGUGACUCUGGUUCCCCACUGGAAUACAACAAGUGGAAAUCAAUCCUUGAUCCAUUGGUUGGCAAGAUGUAGAGAGUGUUUCAACUAAAGUCCUCUGCCUGGUGUUAAAUACAAGACUCAAGACAAAUAAGCUUGGCGCAAAAACAGUAUGAUUUCGCCAAGAUAUAGAUGGAACGAUAUUGAUCACAAAGAUCAAGUUUAGUUAGGCAAAUAAAAGGGCAACCCUACUCUAAUGACAUAUAUUGUCUUUACCUUGUAUUAUGAGACAGAAAAGAAUUUCUAUAAUACAAAAGAGAUGUAGCUCUCACAUACAAUGGUAUCCCAGUGUGCUACCAACAAGACUUGUAUGAAAUAUAGUAUGCAUUUUAAGAUUUCGGAUGUUAUGCCAAACUACAUUGAUAAGGAAGCAGUGUUACAUUCCUUGGUUUUCA